AUGAUAUCUUUUUCAAAAAAUUUUAAUAAUUUUAUAUCAAAAUGCAGAUUUUAUACUAAAAGCAAUAAUAUAUCAGAAUUAAAUUCAUUAUUCCCAAAAAUAGAAUUUAUCAAUAAUAAUGAAACAGAGCAACCUUUUUACAGGUUAAAGAAACCUUUAGAUGUUGAAGUACCAAGAAUUGGUUGUAAUCCUUUAAAGAGAUUAGAUAAAAAUUUAACUAGACCAAUUAAACAACUUUUAAUAGUUUCAAAUGAUGAAAACAAUAAAAAUGAAUGUUUUAAAUUUAUGACUCAAAUUGGUGAUUUAAAAUUAUCACUUGAUAUAAAUUCUUUAUUUUUUGAUAAUAAAGAUAAUUCAAAAUUAAUUUUAAACUCUGUUUUAAAUCAAUUAACAAAAAUUCCAAUAAUUAUUAGUAAUGAUAGUAAUUCCUCUGAUAAAAUUAUUGAAUUUUUAGAGAAUGAAUCAAAUCCAAUAUUUCCAUUUGUAGUUCUAAAUUCACCAAAUAAAGAUAUUAAAAAAUUUAGAAAUUUAUCAGAUACUUUUUUAAUUUUAAAAAAUAAUAAUAAUAAAAGUAACAAUAUAAAUUUAGUGGAAACAAUAAUUUUAGAUUCAAAUAAUAGUAAUGAUAAAAUUUUAGAAAUUAUUAAAAAAAGAUUUGAAGAUGAAAUGUAA